UUUAACUGACGCUGAAUGUCUUGAGUCAGUCAUCUGAAAUUCGUGCUCGUGAACUAACUGAAAUAUCCCUGUGUCCUCAAAUCUUUUUUGUUUGUGAUAAAAUGCGGAUUCUUCUGGAAUCGUUUGUCGCAGCUCUUUUGCUGAUAAUACAAACUACUAACGCGCAUUCUUUCGAUGAUAUUGCCGUGAGUUUUUGCUGUCCUCGGGAGCAAGUAAUAAAAAACGGUGAGUGCACCGACAUGACGACGGCGGAGCUGAACGAGCUUCACUAUUCCGUCAACGUGACCCGCCACAAUGGAUCGUUGGUCAAGAAAUUCUUAGUCCAGCAAUGGGCUACGUCCAUGUCCUGUGAAACUGCGAAAAUGAUGUAUAUGGACAACCAAACAAAGCUGUAUGGGUACAAACUGUUCGAGGAUGGCACCCUUUUGCGGCUCUGGGACAAUGUGGAAAUGAGCCAGUGGGAAUACUGCAUUCAACCUCAGUUGGUCAAAGACGGCAGCAUUCGCAUUGUACCCCAUAUUUGCAAACCUUCGAAAACAGGACAGACUGCCGUGAUGAUAGUAUCGAUGACAUGCUUAGUUCUGACGAUCAGCGUAUAUCUCUUAGUUAGGAAGCUGCGGACCCUAGUCGGAAAGUGCUUUAUCUGCUACAUGGCCUGUCUCUUCUUGGCAUACCUAUUCCUACUCUUCGAUUUGUGGGGAAUAUCGAAGGACUUCUGCAAGACAGCCGGUUUUCUAGGCUAUUUUUUCGUCCUGGCCGCGUUCUGCUGGCUGAAUGCCCUCAGUCUGAACCUCUAUAAUAAACUGAGAGGUACGCCCUCAAAACAUCGGUUUUCGGUAUAUAACAUUUUUGCCUGGGGCUGUGCGGCGCUCUUGACCGGAGCCACUUUCUUGGCCAAUAGGUUUGUGAAGAUCAACGAUUUGAAUCCUCGCGUAGGAGAAGAUGGCAACUGCUGGAUAAACUGUCAGGAUUGGUCUGGCAUGCUCUACUUGUAUGGACCCAUUCUGUUAAUUGUUGAAUUAAAUGUUUUUCUGUUUAUCAUGACGGUUAUUCAUAUUCGAAUGAAAAGGAACGUUGAGAACAAUCGAAAAGAAGACCUGGAACCCAUCAUGGGGGGUUCCGUUUCCAUUCUGCGCAUCUUCACUAUUAUGGGUAUUUCUUGGAUUUUUGAGGUAGGGUCCUACUUAGUGCAAGGCAACAAAUAUUGGGAAGACGUGUUCCUUGCGGCCGACUAUUUUAAUUGGUCUCAAGGGACCAUCAUAUUUGUGCUUUUUGUACUUAAUGGUUCAACGCUGAGACUUUUAAAAAAGAGCUUUACGGGUGAAAGCGAAAUACCUGAAAAGAAGACGAAGAACUACCAACGCAUCUAACAGAAUGCAUGUAAAAACAACGUUGAAGUAGAAGGGAUCCGAUUAAAAUAACAGCAACGACGAUAUUAACAAGUAUCAAAUAAUUUUUUACUAUUACUUUAGACUUUUAUAUUAAUUUAAUACCGGUUUUAGGCGUAACCAUACUCCUUUAGAAAGUUUUCUUGAUCAUUUCUAAGCCCACAUUUCUUAACUUAUUAGUUCCUUUAUUUUAAAUGAGAUGUAAAAAAAGUUAUUAAAGACAUUUUUCAAUCGGUUCCAUUA